AUGCUGUCCAUGUAUGUGGAUACAGAGCAGAAAAAUUGGGACGAAAUUUUACCGUUUGUGUCCUUUGCUUAUAAUACCGCUAAACAGGAGACGACAGGUUUUACGCCUUUCUUUUUACUUCAUGGACGCGACGCCGAAACGACGUUAGAUACAAUGUUGCCAUUCUCUCCCAAUGAUGUAGAUGAUGAUUACGUCGCUAAGAUGGUUGCCAGGGCUGAAGAAUCAAGACAGUUAACCCGAGUGCGAACCCUGGAUGCCCAAGAUAAAGACCGUCGACGUUACAACGCCAAACACCGAAUGGUAUCUUAUGCUCCUGGAGAUCUCGUAUGGAUUUAUACUCCAGUCCGAAAAGUUGGACUCUCCGAGAAGCUCUUAAGGAGGUACUUUGGGCCUUACCAGGUUUUACGCCGUUUAUCAGACGUAACAUACGAGGUGCAAGAUUUUGACCCUGAAUCCCGAAGAAGACGACCAAGAGACGUUGUCCAUGUACUGCGAAUGAAACCAUACCAUGAUCCCGACAAGCAAAUUGAAAUUGAGGACAGUCAAAAUGAAAAUGUCGUACCUGCCGAAAAUCAAGAAAUUUACAAGGGUCCCAUGACAUGUUCCAGAGUAAAAGCCCUUAACCUGAUUGACAGCGGGGCGCUGUCUUUCUUUGGAGGGGAGUAA